AUGGAUAGGCAGACUUUACUUCAGCAGAAACGACAACGAUUACAAGAAUUAAGACAAAGACGGUUGAAUGUCGAUGACGGAACUUUACCUUCUGCCGCUGUGACCCCUAAGGAACUGUCUGAAGGGUCAAUGGUGGCCAGUGAGGUCAGAAAAUCAGAAGUAUCUACAACCAAGGUAGAUGCUGGUGUUCAAGUUAAGAAGUUCGUAGAAGUUUCAAGAUUUGAUAAGGGGAUACAGACCGAUAAAAAGGUAGUGGUGGAAACUCCUCAAGUGGUGGAGGUGGCGGAAACUCCAGAAUUGGUAGAAACUCCUUCCGCCCCCAGUCCAGAACCAGAAUCUACAGUAUACAUAGAGGAUAUGAUUCAAGUCAAACCAGUCAGUAAUACAACCACCGGUACAAUACCAUUGCAUUCUUAUAUCACCACUGAUCCAGUGAUUCAAGUAGAUUGUUAUGAAGAUUUGGUCGCAAUCAUGUUUGAACAGAAAGUCAUCAUAUUCAAACAACAGCUUGUGGCCGUAGCUGUGGUGGAAUCUGUGACUCCUAUAGCCCUCAUACGAUUCUCCAGUCGAAACAAAAUUGUCGGAGGAUUGAAAAAUGGUAAGAUUGUGGCAUGGAAUUUGAAUGAAGAUGAAAUGUUAUCAUCACCACCAAGUUUCGCCCAUAAAGAUCUCCAUGAAGGUCCUAUCACGGGAUUGGAAGUAAUAGACACUUUGGUGGUUAGUUCUUCUUACGAUAGAAUCAAUUUCUGGUCGGUGAAUUUCCUUGCUUACCCCCAACAAACCAUUCAUUUUGAGAGUGAGCUUAUGAAACCCUUCAUGAUACAAGAUUUUGAAAUCGUGGCCGACCCCAAGAUAGAUGACAUUGUGAUCUGUGAGUCGGGCCUCAAACGGCUAGUCAAUGAUGAGAAACGAAACUUUGUCCAAUCAACCAUCAGUACGAGGAACCUUAAAGGGGUGAUAAAAAUUGGUAUGAAGGAUGAUACUUCCAUACUAUGUGGGUAUUCCCAAACUUUUGACCUCUAUGUGUUCAAUAUGUCCACCCAGAUCACUAAAAUUACCACCAACUACAUCAUCUUGGGGGUAGAGGACCGUAAGGGACAUCAAUUCCAGUUCUCAAGUUUUGGAAGAAGGCUUGAUAGUACGGGAGUGGUAGAAGUUUGGGACCUUUCUAAGGAUAUCUCUCAUCCUAUCAUGUCCAUAAAUACUGAAGUUUUGAGUGUAGCUUUCGCUCAGGACUUCAUUAUUGUCACUCAUAGUUCUGGAGUAUCAGUAUACGAGUUAGAGGUAUCUUCAGAGAUCAAGUAUAAUAUUAAUGAUGUUAUUUAA